GGGCAACGUAUGGCAUUCUCCCCAAUUGUCGAACCCUCCUAUUGUUCAUUCCUUUUUUUUAUCAUCAUUAUUUGUUCACACCCGUUCAAGGACAGCGACCUCAACUUUUUGCACCUCUACAUGUGCUCCUUCUAUACUUUGUACAUAAACCCUUUCGCGUUUUGAACUCAAUCAGUCCAUCUGACAGGCUCCGACGGAUUCGUUCGAGGUGAUGAUGCCUCAAAACGCGGUGAAGUUAUUGUUUUUAGUGGUUUGCCUGACGGUUCUACUCGAGAUCGAGGGCCCGCAAUCGCCGGGUCACCGCCGUAGCAGGUCCCCUCCGAGGUGGGCCGGCAUGCCUUUCGGGCUUUCCAACUCCUGGUUGGACCCAGUACUCAGCCACACGAGGUCGGGGGCGGCAAGUUUAGCGGACUCCUGGAACCCCGUACGGCGAAGCGGAUCGCAAACCUUCGGGGAAGCUAGCAGCUCACGGAACUUCGGGGAAGCUAGCAGCUCGCGGAACUUCGGGGAGGCUAGCAGCUCGUGGGCAGCGGGGCCUUCGACUUCAUCCCGUACCCUUGCCCCGUCGUCGCUCGCAUCGCAACCCCCUUCCAUUCUGUUCAUCAUGCCCCCACAGGAACUCCAAGACAAGGAUAAGCGGGCUCGUGCUUUCCGUGCGAUCGAAAAAUUUCAGAGGAUGAUAACGAAGGCGGGAGAUGGAAAUCCUAAAAUGACGAUUCGCCAAUACAAUAGUGUAAAAACCUCGCUGAUGGAGACGGUACGUGACGACUGCUGUGACACGAACUUAAGGAAAGGGAACGAGAAGUGCGUCAAAGCGCUCGGAAAAUUCAGGUCGAUCCCCAAGAACUGGCGUGGGCGUUGCGGCGUCAGCAAUGGUGGUGGGGCUUUCGCGGCUUGGUGUCAUCCGUGGGGCGAAACGAAGAAGUGCUCUUUCUUCAUGAAGACUUCCUCCAGGGACCCCGGAACCCAGCCUCCGUACUUCGGAUACUUGCACACCCUGGCCGACUGCGCUGCUGCGCUCCCGGAACCACACGCGUAGUGCGCAAUUUGACUCGAGUAAACUCUUGCUUGUCUCGUGCGCGGGAAACUCAAAUUUUUCUUGUCCGAUCCUAUAUAAAAGCGUCAUUAUCUUCGUUUAGCGUGCUCCCCCGAC